AUGUCGUGUCCAUCUUCCCUAUUCUGGAACAAGACCCAAGGAACGACGGGGCUAAUGGGUUCCUUCUCAGGGACCCUAACUCCAGAUAAGGACAUCAUUGAUACAAUCCUACAAGAAAAUUCUGAAGGAGAACAGGACACCAAGAAAAAGGUCUUGCCACACCACAAAGUGGUACAAGUCAGGAGAAUUCGAACUACCGUAGUGAAGUAUGCUGAGAGUGUGCUGCUGAGCAUCACAAGUGAAGGGGAUGCUGCUAGUUGGAGUGGACAGAGAUCUAAAGGUUCUGAAGCAAUUAAUAAAAACAUGAAAGAAUCAGCAACUAGAGUAGCUUUGCCAAAAGGAAAGCACCAGGCUGUCCAAAAUGGACACUGCUGGGCUGAAGAAGCAUUUUUCAUGCAGCUCUACGCCUUAAAUUGGCCUGAAGAAGAGUUGCAAUGUGCUAAAUCAAAGACUCCAAGAGUUAACAUAGUUAAACUUGAGAAAGGAAUCGUUGUCGAUAAUGAUGAGAUUUAUGAUGCAGUCGGGCAAUCAAAAUUUGUUCUGCGGAACCUUCGGCAUUACACAGUCCAUCCAAAUUUGGCCCAGUACUAUGAGCCUUUGAAGCCCACUGCACUGCAGAAAUUCCUAGCUCGAAACAGGAAAAUCCAAAGCUUCACGUUAAAAGUAACACAGUACGAUCAGGAUAAGACCUUAUUGAUUAUGACCAACAACCCGCUUCCCUGCCCCAUCAACCAACAAGGAAAGGACAUCACGCCAAAGUACUUUUCCAAGGAAUUACUGCUCAAGGUAAUGGAAAGUUACCAUCAUCACAGCCCCACUGAAAACUUGUGCCUACCCCUGAUGUCUCAGAAAAAAAAGUUAAGACUUGGGCUAAAACCAGUCUUUCCCGUGACACUGUUGGAGGAUCCUACAUCCAAGCGAGAACAAUGGUUUAGGUUUUCCACCAACAAUGAUUUCAAGAGUGAAGGGAAAUAUUCGAAGGUCUAUGCUUUGAGGAAGCAGAAAAAAAUGUACCCUCAGCUCAACUUCGCUUCAGUCAGUAAAAGGGAUCUGAAGAAAGAUGUCUCCAAGACGUCAGGGAGUGACAUGCAGACUUCCAAGAUGAUGUGGGAACCACUAACCCUUUCAUCGCUCCUGGAAGAGAAGCCCACCAGAACGGCGCCAGGAGAGAACGCCUUCCGCAAUGGAAGGGCCCAGCAGUGGAUUAUAAAAAAUACCAUUGUCGUUGAGUGA